AUGCCCACCAACGCUGAUGAUCUCGCCCGAAUGCGAGCGAAGCUCAAAGUACAUCGAGCGCCUGCGUCGGUCAUCGACGGGAACGCGGUGGCCCAGCCCUUUCAGGCUGAAUAUGACGAGGUUCUCAACGGCGACGGACAGCUGAAAUCUACGCGCACGCCGAUCCUUUCCGACCGAGACUUCGCUGGGACGGUGACCAAGAUUCGCUACAUGCCUCGACUGGCGCAGGGAAUCGUCAAUCGUUACGAGCGCACGGUUCUGGCAAAGCAGGAGUUGUGGUACGGCGAGAAGCAAUCCGUUCAUCUGCCGGGCGACCUCGGUGGCACAACCUUCGGCACGACGGAGGAUCAUGCGGCGCAGUUCUUCAAUGUUCACCAUUUGCGCCUCGCUCAACACCUCGCUCAAGGUUCACUCGACACGCCCGUCCUCCGCGGCUCACAACAGACGAAGCCUCCAGUCGGCGCGAGCGACUUGUCGCUUUUCCUCGCCGAAGAGCCGUUCCUCGAGGUCAUCAUCGAGAAGAAGAAGUCUUCAGCCCUUACGACCUCGGUGGCCAGGCGAAUGUGCGACGAAGCCACCCUCUCGCCAUGCUUUAACAUGGCGCAGCGGCUGCCGCCAGGCUGGGAGUCCGCGUUUCGCCCUCGGAGCGAACCAAGAAUUACCUCCCAAUUCCCCUUCAAGCCGUACUCGCGCCGCAGCCACACAAGCCCCGCUCAACCGAUCUCCCCUACGCGCAAGUCCGUCCGCCAGGCGAAACCUUCAACGUUGGCGCUGAUUGCGGCUGAGUCGGAACUCCUGCUCGAAGACGCCAGACUGCGUUUCAGCCGACUCGAUGUCUCCCGCACCCGCUCCAACAACACCGCCACCUUUUCGAGCAAGAUCCAGGCAUUCGGAGGGCACAACCCGCUUCCGGUUCGGGAUCAGCCGCUUGUCAGCCAAUGGAUCGACUGGGGCGUCUUCGAGGAAGACUCGCAGCCGACGAACUGGGUCGACCUUGAUGCGGAUUCUCGCCAAGGGCUUUGUAUCUUUCAGCAGGUCGCGGUCCAGCUUGGAGCCGUGCGGCAUCGACUGGCGUCGAAGGGUCUUAAGACGCCUUUUCAACCAGUCAUCAUCGCCCACCCGUCCCUCUCCCUUCCAAUGCUCCUCAUUGGUUCCACUCUCAUCGUCGCCGGCAUGGUCGAGAACGACCCUGUCCUUACCGCGCGGAUCAUCGCCGUCUUCUUUAACUCGUUGGUCAAGUCGAUGAACACCAAGUCUCCCUCGCCUCCCUUCGAUCCUCGCACGGCGACACAGACGCAGAUCCUUGAUUGGUUCGGCAGCUUCGACUACGACAGUAACGAACGCCGCAAGCCCAGCGCGUCGGCCCAGGGGAACGCGGCCGCACCUUCAUCUCGACCAACGACGAGUGGGUUGAACGAUGACCUUGAAGCAACUGGAGCUGGCGACGCGGCUGAUGCGGCAGCUACCGCCUAUGCGCCCGUCUUGCUUGACUCGUCUGUCUCGUCCAACCUGUCCACCCCCCUCGACUCGUCCGACUUCCUCGACUCCUCCGUUCCUGCCUUCACCCGCGACCUUGACCGCUCGACUGAAGCUCACGACCCGCCCGAAGCGAUGCACUCGCUCGACUCGCACAACGAGGAGGCGCCCGCAUCGCCUCGACCGGAGACAAGUCUCGACAUCGAGGCACAUACUGCCUUCGAAGCCGCCUCGACGGCGCAAGGCGUCGCAGACACUUCCUCAGACUCGCUCGACUCGCUCGAGUCUGUCGCAUCGCUCAACUCCGUUCACUCCGCCCAAGCCGACGCGUCAUUCAGUUCGUGCUCGACUACGGCCACCAGCGUCGGCGAAGACGGCGUCGACGGCCCGAUACUGCCCGUCGAACUCGCCUUGACGGCAGGUCCCAUCACGCCGUCCCUCGCAUCUCCCCCGCCUUCGCCUCAGUUUGACAAGGCCCUCGAGCUCGUCGCGCACAACGACUUCGCAAGUCUGAGCGGGUGUUACUACAACUUCGAAGCGGACGAGCCGCCUGCCAUGUCGGAUGAUGCGCCGCGUCUUGAGAUUGCAGAAUUGGUCGGCGUCGGAGGGAGCGGCGCCGUCUUUGCAGACUCAGACCGCCGCUACGCUGUCAAGGUCGUAACGCCGUACCAGGAGGAGACAACAGCCGACUACCAGCUCCGAGCGGCCGAAGCACUUCAAGAACAUGCCGUACUCGACCGUCUGAGCAACCAGCUCUGUCCCGAGGUGCCGUACUACCAUGGUCUUUUCGGGCAGAAGCCGCUUAACGGAGAGGUGGUUUUGCUGCUGGUGUCGGACUUCGUGGAAGGUGUUGUUUUCGAGACUUGGGAAGCGGUCAACAGGCAUCGCCAGGACUGCCUCCAGGCCGUCAAGUCGCUCCACGAUGCGGGCGUCGUUCACGGAGACCUGCGGCCAUCAAACUUCAUCCUCCGAUACGAUGGGUCCGUCGCCGUCGUCGACUACGGACGCGCCUCGCUCGGUGCUCAGCCGGAAGACCUCGAAGCGGAGCGCUUGCAAUUCUUGCGCGACAUGACCGACGGCUCCCACUCCGACAUGAUUGCGCCUGCCCCGGGCAACUAG